AUGGUUGACUUAACUCUUUUCUCACAUCUCAUGUCACUUAGUAGCCUGGAUCUUUCGGGGAAUAAUGUGAUUGUCAGUUCAACUCUCCAGCUUCCCUCACCCAUAGAAUUCUUGAGUUUAUCAUCCUGUAGUAUUGCUGAGUUUCCCAAGUUUCUACAAACCCAAACCAAUUUGUCUUAUCUAGACAUUUCUGCCAAUCAAAUUGAAGGCCAAGUACCAGAGUGGUUAUGGAGACUCCCUGUGUUGCGGUAUGUAAACAUCUCUCAGAAUUCCUUCAGUGGUUUUGAAGGAUCAGCGGAUGUUAUUCAAAGAAGUGGAAAAGUAAUGCUUGAUAUAAGUUCAAACACAUUCCAGGAUUUUCCUUUGUUACCGAAGUCUAUGAUGUUCUUUUCAGGCUCCGAUAAUCGGUUUUCGGGAGAUAUUCCCAGGGCAAUAUGCGAAUGGGUUGGUCUUGAUACACUUGUUUUAUCCAACAACAACUUCAGUGGUUCUAUUCCCCUGUGUUUCAAUACUUUUAAUACUACUCUUUCGAUCUUGCUUCUACAAAAUAACAGCCUCUCUGGUGUUUUUCCAGAGGUAUCUAUCAGUACUAACUUGCGAUCACUUGAUGUUGGUUGCAACCAGUUAUCAGGAGAACUUCCCAAGUCUCUUAUCAACUGCACUCAGCUCGAGUUUCUGAACGUGGAAGACAACAGAAUCAAUGACACCUUUCCAUUCUGGUUGAGAUUGUUGCCUGAUUUACAGAUUCUUGUUCUUCGUUCCAACAACUUUUAUGGGCCAAUAUCUUCUUCUGGAGUUUCGUUGAGAUUCCCCAAGCUGCGAAUCUUUGACAUUUCGGAAAAUCACUUCACUGGUACCAGCAGAUUACUUUGCGGGUUGGAGUGCAAUGUCAUUGGAGGUAGACAUUGUAGACCGUACGCCAAUAAGGUAUUCGGGACGUGGCUCAGGAUACUAUCAUAA